GGCGCGCGGCCGGCGCGCCAUCAGUUUCGCAACGAACGCGACAGAGUGCACGACUCACGAGUGCAACAAGUGACGCCGAGUGCCGCGAAGUGUUGUCCACUUGCGAAUCAUAUCGACAUACCAGAGAGGCUAUAUUAUUAUUGCUAGUGAUUAUCGUUUCCGAGGCAGCUAAAGGAGAAGAGAUCAGGAAUUGCUAUAACGAUGUCGAAGGCACCGGCAGUUGGAAUCGACCUGGGCACCACGUAUUCGUGCGUGGGUGUCUUCCAGCACGGGAAGGUCGAGAUCAUCGCCAAUGACCAGGGUAACCGGACCACGCCGAGCUACGUGGCCUUCACCGACACCGAGAGGCUGAUCGGUGACGCGGCGAAGAACCAGGUCGCCAUGAAUCCCAGCAACACCAUCUUCGACGCAAAGCGUUUGAUCGGUCGUCGUUUCGACGAUGCGACGGUGCAGAGCGACAUGAAGCACUGGCCGUUCACGGUGGUCAACGAUGGCAGCAAACCAAAGAUCAAGGUGUCUUACAAGGGCGAGAUGAAGACCUUCUUCCCCGAGGAGGUGUCCUCCAUGGUCCUGACAAAGAUGAAGGAGACGGCGGAAGCGUACCUGGGCAAAACUAUAACAAACGCCGUUAUCACCGUGCCGGCUUACUUCAAUGACUCUCAGAGGCAGGCGACGAAGGAUGCCGGCGCUAUUGCUGGCCUGAACGUUCUCAGGAUAAUAAACGAGCCCACGGCCGCCGCGAUAGCGUACGGUCUCGACAAGAAGGCAGCGGGCGAGAAGAACGUCCUGAUCUUCGACUUGGGCGGUGGUACCUUCGACGUGUCGAUCCUCACGAUCGAGGACGGCAUCUUCGAGGUGAAGUCCACGGCCGGCGACACACAUCUCGGUGGCGAGGACUUCGACAACCGAAUGGUGAAUCACUUCGUGCAAGAAUUCAAGAGGAAAUACAAGAAGGACAUGAGCAGCAACAAGAGAGCCGUGAGACGUCUGAGGACCGCUUGCGAGAGGGCGAAGAGAACGUUGAGCUCGUCGACGCAGGCGAGCAUCGAGAUCGACUCGUUGUUCGAGGGUAUCGACUUCUACACGUCGAUCACCAGGGCCAGGUUCGAGGAACUCUGCGCCGAUCUGUUCCGCAGCACUCUCGAACCCGUGGAGAAGGCGCUCAGGGACGCGAAGAUGGACAAGGCGCAAGUUCACAGCAUCGUUCUAGUCGGUGGCUCCACCAGGAUACCAAAGAUUCAGAAGCUACUUCAAGAUUUCUUCAACGGCAAGGAAUUGAACAAGUCCAUCAAUCCGGACGAGGCCGUUGCUUACGGCGCGGCGGUCCAGGCGGCCAUUCUACACGGCGACAAGUCCGAAGAGGUCCAAGAUCUGCUUCUGCUCGACGUGACUCCGUUGUCGUUGGGUAUCGAGACCGCCGGCGGCGUCAUGACCACGUUGAUCAAGAGAAACACGACGAUACCAACGAAACAGACCCAGACGUUCACCACGUACUCCGACAAUCAACCGGGAGUGCUUAUCCAGGUCUACGAGGGGGAGAGAGCGAUGACGAAGGAUAACAACAUCCUCGGCAAAUUCGAGCUAACGGGAAUACCUCCGGCACCGAGGGGUGUUCCGCAAAUCGAAGUCACCUUCGAUAUCGACGCCAACGGCAUAUUGAACGUCUCUGCGAUUGAGAAAUCUACGGGCAAGGAAAAUAAGAUCACGAUAACCAACGACAAGGGUCGCUUGUCGAAGGAGGAGAUAGAGAGGAUGGUGAACGAAGCCGAGAAAUACCGAUCGGAGGACGAGCAGCAGCGGGAGAGAAUCUCCGCCAAGAACGCCCUCGAGGCGUACUGCUUCAACAUGAAGAGCACGAUGGAGGACGAGAAAAUUAAGGAUAAGAUCGAUGCGUCCGACAAGGAGAAAGUCCUUUCCAAGUGCAACGAAGUCAUCUCCUGGUUGGACGCCAAUCAAUUGGCGGAGAAGGAUGAAUUCGCCGACAAGCAGAAGGAACUGGAGGCCAUUUGCAAUCCCAUCGUCACGAAGCUGUAUCAAAGUGGCGGAGCGCCUGGUGGUUUCCCCGGUGCUGGCGGAGCAGGACCCAACCCCGGUUCCGGUGGCGCCGGACCGACUAUCGAGGAAGUCGAUUAAAUGGCGAACUCCUGUUUUUCUGUCCAACACUAAAUUUCGAGUCAUUUCAUUUUGUUUCAUUUAACAUUUUGUCACUUGUUAACUUAAGUUAUACAUAGUUUAUUUCAGUUCACUCUUUGUAAAAACAAGUUUUUUAUUUUUUGAAGAUUCUACGAGCUGUGUUAAUGUGAUUGUAUUGUAUUAUAAGAUAAGUUAUGAUAACUAUUUAUUAAAAUUAUAUUUA